GGUACGACUUAUGUUCUUGAUAGAUUUAAAUACCGUUAGUUAUUCACCAUGAAGUUCCUCUUCAAGUUACCGGUGAUAAGAUUAUUGAAUCGGGUGAUCGUACAAAAACCAUUCAUUCAUCAUCGAACGUUAGCUGUAACCUCUCAGUACAGAGCUUGGAAACUCACAGAUCUCAGUUUUCUCGACGAUGGAACACCAGAAGAUAUUGGGCUCAAAAGUAACGUAUCCGGAUUAAUAGAGCGAGCAUUUCAGAACUUGACUAGUGGUCAACAAGUCCUGGUGAUCCAACCGUAUAUCAAAUGGGGACCUCUGAAAAAACGUAACACUACUCCAGAAUUACAACUGGAAGAAUCAGUAUCGCUUAUAAACACGCUGAAUGACUGGAAAGUGGUUGGUAAAGAAAUCGUCGGUUUAAAUGGUUUCGAAUCGCAGUAUUUUUUCGGCAAAGGAAAAUUAUCUGAAAUAAAAGCCACCGUUCAGCAGAAUCAAUACAUUACCUGCGUGUUUGUAAGUGUCGAAAUGCUGAAUCGUGCGCAGCAUGAAUUUUUAGAGCAGUUUUUCAGUGUACCGGUUUACGAUCGAUACUUAAUCGUGAUGCAGAUUUUUCGAGAACAUGCCGUCUCUAAGGAAGCUAAAAUACAAAUAGCGUUGGCCGAAUUACCAUAUAUGUAUUCGAGAAUGAAAUACACUGAAGAUAGUUCUCUCGGUCGAAUUGGUGACUCAGCUAAGAGAAUCAGCGGUACCACAAUUUUCACGACUCCUGAUACUCGAAAGCUUAUAUUGCAUAAAUACGAAUCUAAACUGAAAAAUGAACUGGAGAAAGUUCGUAAACAUCGAGAAAUGUCUAGAAGUAGUAGACAAAUGAAUCAACAUCCUGUCGUUGCAGUUGUUGGAUACACGAAUUCUGGUAAAACUUCCAUUAUCAAAGCUUUAACCGGUCAGCACAAACUUACACCUAAAGACUGCUUGUUCGCUACUUUGGAUGUAACAUUUCACGUCGGUUUGUUGCCUUGUAAUAUGAAAGUAUUCUACGUAGAUACGGUCGGUUUCAUUUCGGAUAUACCUACUCAUUUAAUCGAACCAUUUUCGGUUACGUUACGCGAUGCUAUGCAAGCCGAUGUCAUCUUGCAUGUCCAAGACAUCAGCCACCCAGACUGGAAAAAACAACAUGAUCAAGUUUUUGAGACUUUAGAACAAUUGAAAAUAGAGAAAAAAUUACUGGGUCAUGUGAUAACUGUUGGUAAUAAAGUUGAUCGUUUAACCGAUGAAGAAAACCAGUUGAUACCUUCCGAUGCGUUGAAAACUUCGUGUCUCAAUUUUCAAGGCAUUGAUGACUUGAAAUUAAGAUUGCAAGAUGAAAUAAUUAAAGCCACAGGGCGAUCGCAUAUGGUGAUUAGAGCGAGGACUGGAAGUGAAGAAGAUUCUUGGUUACGAAGUGAAGCUACUGUUGCUGAUGCAGCGCCAGAUCCUAAGAAUAUGAAUUAUUCUUUGCUAUCUGUAUUGAUUACUGAAUCGACUCUGGAUAAGUUUAAACGAACGUUUAUUUAUUCGAAAUCCAAAAAAUAGAUUCAAGAAUAUUGUCUCGUUUUAAAAUUAUUCUAAUUGGUUGAUUUGUUUAUUAUUUAAGAAUUUUUAAUUUCCUGUUGUUCUGUGUUCAUUGAAAAUAUAUUGUUUUAAAUAAAAA